AUGAAUCGAUCGUUCUUUGUAAAUGUUAAGACGAAAAAGGGGAGAGUUUUGAAAGUCGUUCGCGAAACAUAUAUUCGUGACUUUAUGAGCUGUAACUCGGAUGCUUGCGAUUCUUGUGACAUUGAGUCCGGCGAACGAAUUACUCUUUCGGCUGCUCCCUAUGAGAUGCGAUAUCUCAUCAUGGACGAGGAGGUGCUGCUAAACCAGCUCGAUUUGCUCCAACAAGAGAUUCCGCCUCUCUGUGAUGUGAUCAUUCUGCAGUCCGUGAUGACCGAGGUGAGAAAACGCAAUCUAUCGGUGUUCAACCAGCUGAGCAACCUCCUUCGUGAUUCUUCAAAGCGGUUCGUGCUAUUUGCGAACCAGAAUUUUGAAAAUACUUAUGUGGACCGUCAGAUGGAUGAACCCAUUGUGGACUACAAUAUUCGCCAAAUCGUCGCAGCCUCCAAAUAUUUCAACGAGCAUUUCAAAGUAGCUACCCUCCUCCUCCUCCUCGUCUGA